UUGAAAAAUUUGCCUUCGGACCUCAAAAUCUCAGAGCUUAAAGAGACCCUCACAGAGAGAGAGAGAGAGAGAGCCUCAGAAACCCUAGCUCUUUAAAGUUGAAUCAAGAUGCCGGUGGAGUCUAGAUUCAGGCUUGAAAGGCCGUUUGACAUCGCGGAGGCCUUUUCUCAAAGGCGAUCUGGCUCGCUUGCGGUUCUAAUCGAUCAGCGCGUGGAGUCGUUGGAAUCGCCGGCGAGGCGGAGGGCGUUAGCGACACCGGUGCAUCAGAGACGGCUAGGGUUAUGGGCUACAGGAGGUGAUGGGCUCGCAAGGAGCAGAAUGAGGACACCGAGAGCCGCGAUUGGGCGAGAGAAUGAGCUGCUGGCCGGAAGUUCUAGCCGGAGAAGGGGACGGGGAUCGAACAGUGUGUUGCCUUCUUGGUAUCCAAGAACCCCUCUCCGUGAUAUAACUGCGAUUACCAGGGCCAUUGAGAGGGGAAGAGCUCGCUUGGGUGAGGUGAAUGGUGAAACUGCAGAGGGUCAAUUUCCAUCUCUACAAGUUCAGGAUGCUCCUCCUGAGCAUCAAGUUCUCGCUGCUACUCCUUCAACCAAUAAGAAGAGACCUUGCCCACCUCCUUCUGUUCUUAAAGUGCACAAAAUUCUGCUAGAGGUGGCUAAUCAGCCUGAUGAGGGAGAGUUCGUUACACCACAGAAGAAGCUGCUGAACUCGAUUGACAAAGUAGAGAAGGUGGUGUUGGAAGAACUUCAGAGGCUGAAGAGGACGCCGAGUGCUAAGAAGGCAGAGAGGGAAAGAAAGGUUAGAACUUUGAUGUCAAUGCGUUGAGGAGAAAAGUAGUUUGGACAAAGAAGACCGUCUACAGUGAAAGUUAUCACCUUCUGGUGAUACAUUUCCUACCCUAUGUACUGAUGACCAUAAUCACCUUCUGGUGAUAAUGUGCAGUGAAGCUAUCACCCUCUGGUGAUAUUGGCAGUGACAUUAUCACCUUCUGGUGAUACCAUCUUGGUUCAGGCCAACUUAUCUUUCGCUGAUACUGCUGAAGUUCA